AUGGAGACUAAGAAGGAGCAUUACCUCAAUCUGAUGAAGCUAUACGGGGUCUAUUGCGAUAUAUUCGAUGAAAUAUAUAAGCUCAAGACAUCCGAUAAAGAAGAAAUCGAAAAAUUGUACAAUAAUGUCAAAAAUAACCUGAUCAAUACAAAAAUUUGCACUCCAGAUCGUAUAAUAAAUGCAAUAACACAGGCUGCAUGUAUUAAUCACCGCUACAUGAAUUCUUAUUUAGAUCUUGCCCAUUUGAUAAUUGAAGAAUUCCAUCAAGACAAUAAAGAUUUACUUUAUUAUAAAGAUCAACUGGAAGCAAUUUUCCAAGAAAAACCAAUAUUGAAAGUUAUUAUGAAUGAUGACAAAUGUACAUUCAUUUCACUCAUUGAAAGUGAAGAUUUUCAUGAUGAAAUAUUCAUGGUUCCUAGUGUUUAUCCUGCUUACUAUGAAAGUAUUUUGACUUAUCUUGAUGUUUGCUGCUUUUAUGGUUCUGUUCACUGUUUCAAACUUUUAAGAACUAAAUACAACUCACAAAUUAGAAUAGAAUCUCUUGAACUCGCGUUUUUGGGAGGAAAUCCAGAUAUUAUCAGUGAAUGCUUAAAAGUUAUCAGACCAAACAGGCAUUGCAUGGUAAAUGCAAUCAUGUCACAUAAUAUCGAUUUUGUCACAUAUCUGCGAAAUGAAUUUGAAAUUGAAAUUAGAAUAUCAAUAUGUGCAUACUAUAAAAAUCUUCGUGCAUUUUUAGUAUACUUAGAUCAAACAAAUGACAUUAACACUUGCUUUAUUUAUUCUCCACUUUUCCAAAUUCAAUCGCUAUGCGAAUAUCUUCUUUCGCAAGGUGUUGAUUUUCGUUCAAAGGAUGAAGCUCGUUCGGCCCUCUUGAAUGCAUUAGGGUCCAAUAGGUUAGAACUUGUUAAUUUACUUAUUUCGCUUGGAAUAGAUAUCAAUGCUAAAAACACGUUUGGUGAAACACCUUUUUUAUUCGCGGUUGGACACAGUAGUAUUGAUAUUAUUAAAUUGCUAAUUGCACAUGGCGUGGAUAUUAAUGCGAAAAAUGAAUUUGACUUUUAUCCAAUUCAUGCGGCAGUUCGUAGGCAGAGUACAGAAAUUGUUGAACUUUUAAUUUUACAUGGUGCAAAUAUUAAUGUGAAAAAUCGACCUGAUUUUUAUCCAAUACAUGAAGCUGUUUUAAUGGAUAAUAAGGAUAUGGUAAGACUUCUCAUUUCGCACGGCGCAGAUGUAAAUCAAAAAAAUGAUAAGGGAAUAACUCCUGUUUAUUUUGCAAUAAUGAAAGAUAAUAAAGAAAUGACAGAACUUUUGAUAUCUAAUGGGGCAGAUAUUAAUAUUAAAAACAACAAUGGAAAAACUGCUCUUGACUCUAUAUGCGAUUAUGGACAUCAUAAAAUAAAAGAUUUCCUACUCUCCAAAGGAGCAGUCCAUAGCGAGAGAUGGCUUGAAUUACAUCAGCCUCUAAGAAAAUGCCUGCUAAUAUGA